CCUCACAAAUUCACAAUCAGCAUUCAGCACCGACUGAACCCGUCUCCGAAUCACCGAAUAUUCCAAACCACGCAAUAUGAAGAAGUCCUUGUUCUUGUGAAGAACCGCCUUAUAAUACCUCUCGCCUUACCUGCGUUUCCUCAACUCUGGACCCCUUAUAAAUUCCCAACUUCUCCUUCGGAGGGAUUUUCUUGUGUACCCUUGAAUUUUAAUGGCUUAUUCGUCAUCCGAAUCAUCUCCGUUGUUGUUGUUGUUGUUGUUUUCUUCGCUUAUUUCCAUUCUGUUUAAUUCCGUCGAUCUCUUACGUCCCCAGAUUCUCAGUCGAUCUUGUAGCCCUUUCUGACGCCGAGCAAAGGAGCGGCCUUCACCAAUGGGAAAGCGUAAUUCUCAGCGUAAGAACUUCGCGAUGAUGGAUAGCGAUGAUGAUAAUAGUAGUGUGAGUUCGUCGUCGACUACACGGUCUGAUCGAGUGUCCGUAGUGGGGACUGAAGAAGUCCAAUUAGAUAAAGAAAGUUUGCUGGAACUGGCUCUAGAUUCUCUAUUUGAGAAGAGGGGCUCCACAAGAGAGAAGGCUCUGGCAGCAAUUAUUGAGGCUUUCAAUAGCAGCAUGCAGCAUCAGUUUCUAGAAAAUAAAUUUGCUACUUUGCUGCACCAGUGUCUGAGCUCCUUUAAACGUGGGUCUUCUAAAGAGAUAUCUUUAGCUUCACAUGCCAUCGGAUUGUUGGCAUUGACCACUGGCCCUGGGGAUAACGCACAUGAAAUAUUAAAGGACUCGGUCACUCCUCUUUCUCAGGGUCUUAAAUCUGGGCCUCAAUCUUCAAAGAUAUCGUUGCUGGAGUGCUUGGCGGUCGUCAAUUUUGUUGGUGGAAAUGACACAGAGGAAACAGAAAGGUCAAUGCAAAUAAUGUGGCAAGUGGUUCAUCCGAAACUGGGUGCCAAUGUUGUUGCAUCCAAACCCUCAGCAGAUGUCAUAACUGCAGUGGUAUCUGCUUGGUCCUUUCUUCUGACAACUAUGGACGGAGUUAAACUAAAUCCCAAACAUUGGCAAGAGUCAAUAUCAUAUUUAUCUAGCCUGCUAGACAAGGAUGACCGGUCUGUACGCAUUGCUGCUGGUGAAGCGCUUGCUCUAAUUUUUGAGAUAGGAAGUUUGGAGAAGUUUGAUGGUGAAGCUAGAGAUUCAAGUGAUGGCUUAAUUCAAGGAAGCAAACCUUGGGAAGGAUUGAAGGGGAAAAUCAUAAAUCAAGUCAGAAACCUUUCUGCUGAGGCAGGUGGUAAAGGUUCUGCUAAGAAAGAUCUUAACAGCCAGAGGAACUUCUUUCGGGAUAUGUUAGAAUUUUUGGAGUAUGGUUAUUGUCCUGAGACUUCAAUGAAGAUUGGUGGAGAAUCAUUACAGACAUCAUCAUGGUCUCAACUAAUACAGUUGAACUUUUUGAAGCAUUUUCUUGGGGGAGGCUUUGUCAAGCAUAUGCAGGAAAAUGAAUUCCUUCAGGAUUUCUUUGGGUUCAAACCAAAGAAGAAGAAUCUUCUAGAGGAUGAACAUCGUAUAUCUAGCGUUGAAAAGAGAAUGUUUAAAUCACCGAACUCGGCUCUCAACAAGGCUAGGACACAACUACUUAACAAGCAGCGAAUGUUAUCUGAGGGUAGAAACGUCGGUCACUAUGCAGUCAAUGUGGGUGAUGAGGAGGUCUAGCCAUCUACACUUGCUUUAAAACCCUGAUGUGAUCAUCAAUCAAAUGGACUUCUGCCAUCUAGUUAAAUGCCUGCUUCAACUCUUAUUAUCAUCACCACGUAGAGAGCAUGCUUUUGUGUACUUUGUGGUGCAUUCAAAUACAUCAAAUUUAUCAUUCUGUAGUUUUGUACUAUAAUUGUCCUCAUUGUUCUUUGAGGCAUUAAUUGAUAUUUAUUCCUGUAGUUUGUACCAUAAUUGUCCUCAUUGUUCUUUGAGUCAUUAAUUGAUAUUUAGUUUCAUAAAAAGCGUGUUAUUUGGGAUUA